CAACUAUGUUACCAAACCGCAAAGGUUGUGCUUGUCAAGAUUGACUUGGCUGCUUACGCGACGCGUUGACGCUCUUUGGAGGGGUUCCCGCAAGCUCGUGGGGUAGCAGCCCACUCUUCCUGGCAGCCGCAUUCAGAGCCUGGCCAAGAAGCCGACAGACGUCAUUAGAUCCUUCUCUCUCUUUUUUUUCCUCCUUUGCCAACUGCCGCGCCGCGACGGAACCACAUGGAGGAGCUGGCCAAGACAAGCAACCGCAAAACACCGAGGCUACUGGGAUAGCGCGCACGCGCGCAAAAGGAUUGCCCAGCAUGUCCAAGCAAUACCUCACGUUCCACACCAUUGACGAUGCCCACCCAUCCGAGAUCUUCGCCCUCGCCGCCACGGCCGACGGCGUCUUCUCCGCGUCGGGCGGCUCGGCCAUCAAAAUACACCGCCCGCCCUCGUCGGCGGUGCCGGUAGACGGCGCGCCGCCGCCAGCCGCAGCCGCAUCCGCCGACACCGCCGCAGUCGAGAUCACCAAGGCCCACAGCCACGGGUGCCACCACCUGGCCGCGGGCCGCGGCGGGCCGGGCAAGGUGCUCGCGUCGGCCGGGUUCGGGCAGGACGCCAAGAUCUGGAUCCAGUCGCCCGACGGUGACGGCGGCUGGAAGGAGCACGCCGUGGUCCGGCCGUGGGGGGGCUCGGCCAAGUCGGCGGGGGCGGGGGCGGGGGCGGCGCGCGUGUGGGCCGUGGCGCUGAGCGCCGACGAGCAGUUCCUGGCCUGCUCGUCCGAGGCCGGCAAGGUGGCCGUGUGGGACGUGGUGGCGGGCCGCGCCGUGCACCUGUACGAGACGGCCGCGUCGGGCGCCGCCGAGGGGAGCUUCGGCAUGUGCGUCGACCUCAGCCCCGACGGCCGCUUCGCCGCCAGCGGCCAUGCGAGCGGCACCGUCUACGUCUUCAACAACGACUCGGGCAGGCUAAUCUACUCGCUUACGGGCCUCUCCAAGCCCAUCCGCGCCGUCCGCUUCUCACCCGGCGGCACCCGCCUGGCCGCCGCGGGCGACGCGGGCAUAAUCGCCAUCUACGAUACCCGCAACGGCGAGCACGUCGCCAGCCUGUCCCCCGGCCCCGCGUCAGCCUGGGUCAUGUCGCUCGACUGGAGCCACACGGGCGAGUGGCUGCUGUCGGGCUCCUUCGACGGCCGCGUGCGCGUCUGGUCCGUCGAGACGGGCGCCUGCGUCGCCACCCACUCCGAGAGCGACCAGACCAUCUGGGCCGUGAGGUGGCUGCCAAAGACACCCGGCCGCGCCCCCGAGGGCUUCUGCGCCGCCGGCGCCAGGGGGGCCAUCACCUUUUACCGCGAGGCCAGUGGGAGCGGGUGAGGUGGGUCGAGGCGCAGGGAUGCUGAGGUGACUGGGAAGGAGUAGCAAGCAUUUAGACGGCCGUCCGCCCAUUCUUGAGUUGAGGGGAAAAUGAACAGCGCCUGGACGGCCACCUUGGAAGACGGACCCCUAGAACGCGAGGCAAGACUCCAUACAGGCAGCCAUGUCUUGUCCUCUGAUGCAACAAAUACAUCAAAGUGCAAGAUAUAAAUGUUCAACGAGUCGCAGGUUUGGGCAAUUAUCUCUUUAGCUGUUUGUAGUCUCCCCCCUGAUCUCGCCCUCCUUCCAGAUCUCGAUAUAUGCAUGAUGCUAUUUACACAUGGUCCCAACGCUACCCCACCGCUCCAAGACAUGAUCUUGAGCAGUGAGAAUAUCA